GCGCGGCGAGCUCUCCGUCUCCUCGAUGGCCGCCGCCUUCCCGCCGGUGCUGCGCGUGGUCGCGGCGCACGGCGCGGCGCCGCCCCUCACACAGCUUCGCCCAGCCGGCGGGCAGGCGGCCGCCGAGCCGCGCUCGCGCCCGCAGGACGCGCUCCUCGCGGCGCUCGGCGUCCUCCGCGCGCUCUGCCGCGUGCCGCGCGCUGCGACGGCAAGGGUCGUCGUCGUGAUGACCGCCAUCGAGCCGCUGCUCUCGAGCCGGCAGCCGGAGCGCGUCCGCACGGAGGCGGCUGCCCUCGCCGCGGACUUGGCCGGCCUGCAGCGCGACGCCCUCUGGCUCUUUUGCGCCCGCGCCACAGCGCCAGCCGAUUUGGGGCGGUCGGCGCCGAACGGCCUGCCAUGGCUCUCGCUGCCGCCAGAGGCUGCCCCGCCUUUGCCUGGGCCGCGUCACGAGUUUGCCCAAGCCGCAAAAGAGCUCCUUCGGCACAUCGAGGGCGAAGACGUGCGGGCGAGGAGGCGGGCCAUGUGCUGCUGUUAGGGCCCUGGCCCAUAUCACACGGCGCGCCGAACAGAAAUUACUGCCGCGCCCCAAACCCCGUGUCGCUUGGACGGAGGGGUGAUCGGCAUCGGGCUACGUGUGGACAGCAUGUUUAGAUUACCAUAGGGGUCUAUGC